ACUUCAUCUUAUACCUUUACUCAUCUUCACAAUGUCAAGCUAUUACUAACUUCAUCUUAUACCUUUACUCAUCUUCACAAUGUCAAACUAUUACAAACUCCAUCUUAUACCUUUACUCAUCUUCACAAUGUCAAGCUAUUAACAACUUCAUCUUAUACCUUUACUCAUCUUCACAAUGCCAAGCUAUUAACAACUUCAUCUUAUACCUUUACUCAUCUUCACAAUGUCAAGCUAUUAACAACUUCAUCUUAUACCUUUACUCAUCUUCACAAUGUCAAGCUAUUACAAACUUCAUCUUAUACCUUUACUCAUCUUCACAAUGUCAAGCUAUUACAAACUUCAUAUUAUACCUUUACUCAUCUUCACAAUGUCAAGCUAUUACAAACUUCAUCUUAUACCUUGACUCAUCUUCACAAUGUCAAGCUAUUAACAACUUCAUCUUAUACCUUUACUCAUCUUCACAAUGCCAAGCUAUUAACAACUUCAUCUUAUACCUUUACUCAUCUUCACAAUGUCAAGCUAUUACAAACUUCAUCUUAUACCUUUACUCAUCUUCACAAUGUCAAGCUAUUACAA